UAAACAUCUGUUUUUAAUGUUUUGAAGUGAAUCCUCAGUGUAUAGGUUAAGUUCGGCGGAAUCCUAAGAGCGACCCUUCUGUUCGUUUGUGCAGAUUUACAUCGUCUUUGGCCUUCAGUAAUCUUAUACAGUAGCACGGAGGAUAAUUAUUUGGCUUGGGUUGUAAUGAAAAGAUCUUUCAACUUUGUAUUAUAGAAAACUUAAGACUAUUCUUGACGUAACAGGAUUUACCUGAUAAGAUAACUUCCCAGUCAGGUGACACCAGAGCAUGAGUGUGGCACAGCUUUUGAUGUCAUGUUAGCAAGCUCAUGCAAUUAUUACAUCUUCAAUUGUUCGGUCUUCAGGGGCCACUGUAACUGCUCCGCUUUCAUCAGUUACACAGCAUGGGCUGAGGUGGCCACACCCCGGUAGGGGUUACAACUUCAGGAAUAGCUUUAAAACUCUUGGAGCUUGAACGCUGGAUGCUUUGAAGUUGCCCUCAACCUGGCUGAAGCCUUUCCCAGCACAGUUGGCCGAGUAUGCCACAGUAUGAAAAUCCAUGGACAAUCCCAAAUUUAUUGUCAAUGACAAGAAUUGGCCUGGCCCCGGUGUUGGGCUAUCUGAUUCUUGAAGAAGAUUUUAAUGUUGCACUGGGUGUUUUUGCUUUAGCUGGGCUAACGGAUUUGUUGGAUGGAUUUAUUGCUCGAAACUGGGCCAAUCAAAAAUCAGCUUUGGGAAGUGCUCUUGAUCCACUUGCUGAUAAGGUUCUUAUCAGCAUCUUAUAUAUUAGCCUGACCUAUGCAGAUCUUAUUCCAGUCCCACUCACUUACAUGAUAAUUUCAAGAGAUGUAAUGUUGAUCGCUGCUGUGUUUUAUGUCAGAUACCGAACUCUGCCAACACCGCGAACACUAGCUAAGUACUUCAAUCCUUGCUAUGCCACUGCUAGGUUAAAACCAACAUUCAUCAGCAAGGUCAAUACAGCAGUCCAGUUAAUUUUGGUGGCAGCUUCUCUGGCAGCUCCAGUUUUCAAUUAUGCUGACAGCAUUUAUCUUCAGAUACUAUGGUGUUGUACAGCAUUCACUACAGCUGCGUCCGCAUACAGUUAUUAUCACUAUGGUCGGAAAACUGUUCAGGUGAUAAAGGGCAAAUGACAGGCACCCAGAUCCAGCAGCAAGGGAGCGACUCGCGUCAUCGGCAGCAGCGCCAGCGAAAGCCACAGGACUUUCCCGAUCUUGGUGUUCAGCUUGCGAAAGGUCUUGUCAGACAAACCAUGUCUUCAAAACCGAAGAAAUGUACGUCCAAAAUAAGCUCGAUCAUGGGCCUAUACAGAAUUUCCAGUGUAUUUUUAAAUACAAAUAAAAAUAUAAUGUAGAAUUUUUAAUCUUAGGUUUUUGAUUAAUUGGCGAGAUUAUUCUAGUUUUUUUUUUUAAUGUUUUUAAAAAAACAGUUGGUAACAUAGAAACAAAGGAAAGCAGGAGGGAAUCCCCGAGAUUAAAUGCAUACCACACACGGCAUGGCUAUAUAUUGUUAUGCUUAAAUUUUAAAUCUAUAAACACAUAGCAGUUCAUGUGACUAAUGCUUGGUCAUUUGAGAAGUGAGAGUAGACCUAGCUGUGGGAAGUGUAAAGGGAUACAGAGCAUUCAAAUGCAGUAAGUUUUGAAAAUAAAAAAGAGCAAACAAAAUAGAAGGCAUUGAAGUUUACCAGUAGUUCCAGCCUCUCAGUUACCAAACAGUUUCUGUAUCAGGAUAGCAGACAACACAGGAGUCAGAAGGGAGACCACGAGUAUUAGGCAUCGCAUCUAAAAGGCAGAGAAUUACAUCAUGCCUUCUCACUGUUUCUCAUGGGACGUUUGUAUGAUACUGGAACCUGUACUCAUAUGUCAUGUAAAUAGUAUGAAACUUUCUAUUUUUCAAAGUUUUUUUUUUUUUAACUUUGGGGAAUCUUCUAUUGUUAACAUGAUAAGAAAAUAAAAGAGCUGGAAAAA